AGCCUACACCGCUCCUGGGUGACCUGAGGGGGUGAGACCAACGGAGGAAGACAGGCAGGAAGGUGGCGGCAGGGGACGGGCGGGGGCAGACGUACCACGCGCUCCACGCCAUGCAGGUGGGUCCCAUUCCGGCGGAGAGCAGCAAGGACAGGAAGAAGGAUUCGGUGCCCGGUCACCGAACAGCAAGACGGAGAGUUUCUUUGGAGAGUCCGAACUCUCCGAUCGCUCCCGAGGGUCCGUUCCCUUCCCCAGGAGCCGACAGCAACACCGGCGCUCUCUUCCCCCUCAAGACGCCGACGGGUCAGGAGCUGAGGGAGAUGGACAACAAGAAACGCCUGCACGAGGGGUCACAGACCGACGAUGAUGAGGCCGAACGCGGCAGGCAUCGGGAGGCCAAAGUCCGGGUUUUCACCUGCUCCCCUUCCCACUGCGAUGAGGGUAGCUGUAGUGCGGAGGGCGAGGAGGAAGAGGAGGAGGAGGAGGACGGAGACGAUGACCCCCGGGACAUCGACCAGGAUAAUCGCAGCACCUCGCCGAGCACUCCCAGUUUCGGGCCGCCAGACUCCGACUCCGAGGAGGAGGAGGGCAGCCGAUCUUCUCCCUCCUCCCAUCUCUCCCCUGCCCCCCAGUCGCGGCCACUCCUGCCCCCACCUCCGGCCCUCAGGCCUCUGCCUGCCCCGGGAGGGAACUCCAGUGCCUCCCCGUCCCGCCUCCCCUUCUCUCCCUCCUCCUCCUCCUCCGCCCAUUGUCUCACCCUCCGGUGCCCGGCAGCUCCCCCUCCCUCUGGAGGGACGCCCCGCAAGCUCGGCCUGAGCAUCGCGCCGCCAAACUGCUCGGGCCAGGUCCAUCCCUCCUCCUCGCCUGCCUCCUCACUGGCCCCGUCCUCCUCAUCCUCUUCCGCCUGCCCCUCACCCCACUUCUCUCCACUCCCUCCCCAGCCCUUCACGGGGCCUCAGGCUCAGCCCCUGGCCUUUUCCAGGCCCGUUGCCCCCAGCCACCAGGCAAGCCGGGCCUAUCGGGGCUAUUCGCCCUCAGGGUCAGGUGCUUAUCCCCGGCCCCACUCCUCCCCUUCCCCUUCUUCCGUCUCCUCCCCCUCCCCUUCUGCUCCCCCCGCCAUGCCGAGGCACUCCGGUCCUCAGGCCUACUCCCACCAAGCCUCGGCCUUCGUCUUCACCCCCUCCUCCUCCGCCCCCUCCCCCUCUUCCUCCUCCUCCCCAUCUGUCCACUCCUCCUCCCCUUCCAUCCACGCUGCCCACUCCACUGUCCCGGGGUCCACCGGGCCUAAUGGGGGGCAUCAGGCCUAUUGCCACCAGGCUUCAGCCUUUGCCUUCACACCUUCCUCCUCUCCCUCUGUCCCCUCUUCCUCCUCCUCCUCCUCUGCCCCCACCUCCUCUCCCUCUACCCACUCUGCUCCCUCUGCCCCCUCUGCCCACUCCACCGUUACCGUGCACCCUGGCCCCCGCCUUGGGCCACAGCCCUACUCGCACCAGGGCUCGGCCUUUGGCUUCAAUCCCUCCUCCUCUCCCUCCGUCCCCUCCGCCCCGUCCCCUUCUCCCUCAGCCCCCACCCCCCAUUCUAGCGUCCCCGGGCACCCUGGGCCUCAGGCGGGUCCUCAGGCCUACCCGACCCAGGCCUCGGCCUUCGGCUUCGCCCGCUCCUCCUCCUCCCCGGGCAGAGGGGCUGAAGGCGGAGGUGCACCGGCGGGGCCCAGGGCACUAGGGGAGCCGGCGGAGGGACGGGACGGGGCUGAGAGCCCGGCCGAAGGGGCAGCCCGCUCGCCCUCUCCGGAGCCUGUGGUGGUGGACAUGGCCAGUCACGCCAGCCAGUCAGCGAGGUUCAUUCGUCACUUUGACCGGGGCCUCAACUGCUGCUCCCGGACUGACCUAUUCUUUGUGCCCCUGCCUGGCUCCAAGCUGGCCAAGAAGAGGGAGGAGGUGGUGGAGAGGGCCCGGAGAGAGGCGGAGCAGCGUCUACGCGAGGAGAAGGAGCGGGAGCGGGAGAGGGAGCGGGAGAAGGAGGUCGAGAGGGCCAUGAAGGCGUCGGGCGAGGCACGGAUGCAGGAGCCUAUCUUCCCAGGGCCGGGGGCCCAGCGGGCUCCCUUCGAGGCGCCAGCCACGGGCGUGGCCGCUGUCCCCCCCUACCUGGGCCCGGACGUCCCGGGCCUGCGGCCGCUGAGUUCCCAGGGGGUCCACCCGCUUAUGGAGCCGCUGGUGGGGGCGAGGAUCACCUACCCUAGCCCCCUCCUGGGGCCGCCCGUCACUGAGCACGACCUCCUCCGGCAGCACAUCUUCGGGCCACCGUACAGAGAGCUGCCGGGCUCCCUGGCUGCCCCCCUGUCUGCCGCCCACCAGCUCCAAGCCAUGCAGGCCCAGUCUGCCGAACUCCAGCGUCUCGCCCUCGAGCACCACCAGCACUGGCUGCAGGGCGUGCCCCUGCCCGGGCAGGAAGAUUACUACAGGGUCUGGGCAAACUAUUUUUCCAUGCGGAGGUGAAGACGUGA